AUGGGCCUACAACGGAAAUUCAUCGCCUCCGAAGGGGUUGGAACAGGGCGUCAUCCGCCCUUCACGCGUCUUGAAAAUCGCACUUGGCUGCAUGAUCGAUCGGAAAGAGAUGUCUACGGGCUGCUGAUCGACGCCUACCGACUGCGCGUUGAGGACAUGUACAACAUUGAAGGCGAAGCAGACGCGGAUAGCAUAUAUGGUGGUGCCGCCAACGGGUUGCGUGGCUUCAAGCGUUUCCUGGAGCGCGUCGAGCGUUGUCCCGGUAUACUGCCGCCGUGGUGGGAUGCAAAGAAGAAAGAGUGUGAGACACUCGGUAUGACCCCAUCGCAAUGGCACGACCUACGAAGCGCGGUGGAAAAGAGCGACAUCAUCGAGCAAUAUGGGGAUUCCUGA